UCGCCUUCUCCUCCAUUUUCUGAGCUCGCUCGCCUCCCUUCGAGAGAUCUAAAUCAUUUCCCUUCUCUCUCUCUCUCUCUCUCUCUCUCUCUCUCUCUCUGUUUCUCGCACCUCCAUUAACGCCUCCACAUCCCAAACCCUUGUUUUCCUUCUUCUUCGAUCGAGAUCGAGAUCGAGGAGAGGAACGAUAGUUUGGAGGAGGAGGAAGAGGAGGAGGAGGAGGGGUGAGAGAUGCUGCGAUUGAGGGCGUUUCGCCCAGCGAGCGGCAAGAUCGUGAAGAUCCAGCUGCACCCCACGCAUCCAUGGCUCGUCACCGCCGACGAUUCUGAUCACGUCUCAGUUUGGAACUGGGAGCAUCGCCAGGUAAUCUAUGAGCUCAAAGCGGGUGGGGUGGAUGAGAGGAGAUUGGUUGGGGCGAAGCUGGAGAAGCUCGCGGAAGGAGAAUCUGAUACUAAAGGAAAACCUACAGAGGCUAUCCGGGGAGGAAGUGUAAAGCAGGUUACUUUCUAUGAUGAUGAUGUUUGUUUCUGGCAACAUUGGCGCAACCGCACUGCCGCUGCAGAGGCUCCAAUUGCAGCCAAUCAACAUUCUUCUGCUUUCAUUACGCCUCCUCCCCCCUCCACCAGAGGAAGACAUUUUCUUGUCAUUUGCUGUGAGAAUAAAGCAAUAUUUCUAGACUUGGUGACCAUGAGAGGGCGUGAUGUUCCUAAGCAGGAGCUUGACAACAAGUCACUUCUUUGUAUGGCAUUCCUCUCGAGGUCUUCUGCUGGUGAUGGUCCUCUUGUUGCUUUUGGCGCAUCUGAUGGUGUGAUAAGAGUUCUUUCAAUGAUAACAUGGAAGCUUGUUCGAAGGUAUACUGGUGGCCACAAAGGAUCAAUUUCUUGCUUGAUGACAUUCAUGGCAUCUAGCGGUGAGGCAUUCUUAGUUUCUGGUGCUAGUGAUGGUUUCUUGAUACUUUGGAGUGCUGAUCACAUGUACGAUUCACGUGAACUUGUUCCUAAGCAUAGUUUGAAGGCUCAUGAUGGAGGAGUCAUAGCUGUUGAACUCUCAAGAGUGAUGGGAAGUGCUCCGCAACUCAUUACUAUUGGUGCUGACAAAACAUUAGCUAUCUGGGAUACUAUGACAUUAAAGGAAUUAAGGCGUAUUAAACCAGUACCUAGACUUUCCUGCCAUAGUGUAGCAUCUUGGUGCCACCCUCGGGCUCCAAACCUUGAUAUCCUUACUUGUGUUAAGGACUCCCAUAUUUGGGCCAUUGAACAUCCAACAUAUUCUGCUUUAACUAGACCGCUGUGUGAAUUAUCUUCGCUUGUUCCUCCGCAGGUUCUUGCUGCUACAAAGAAACUAAGGGUUUAUUGCAUGGUUGCUCAUCCGCUUCAGCCGCACCUUGUUGCCACGGGAACGAAUAUAGGGGUUAUUUUAAGCGAGUUUGAUGCCAGGGCACUUCCGGCGGUGGCUCCUCUACCUACACCAGCAGGGAGCAGGGAACACUCUGCUGUAUUUAUUGUUGAGAGAGAACUCAAGUUACUAAAUUUUCAGCUGUCAAACACAGCAAACCCGUCUCUUGGAAGUUCCAAUAUGGCAUCUGACACAGGAAGAAUGAGGGCAGAUCCAGAGCAACUGGUCGUAAAGCAGACUAAGAAGCACAUAAGUACCCCUGCUCCUCAUGAAUCAUAUUCCGUCCUCUCUGUCAGCAGUUCUGGAAAGUAUGUCGCAAUUGUCUGGCCUGACAUUCCUUCAUUUGUAAUUUACAAGGCCAGCGAUUGGUCGGUUGUUGAUUCAGGCACCGGAAGGCUUUUCGCCUGGGACACUUGUCGUGACCGAUAUGCUUUGGUGGAGACUGCUAUGCCUCCUAGAAUACCGCUUGUUGCAAAAGGUGGAUCAUCAAAAAAGGCGAAAGAAGCUGCUGCCGCUGCUGCUCAAGCAGCAGCAGCAGCUGCUGCUGCAGCUUCUGCAGCAACCGUACAAGUGCGAAUCUUAUUGGAUGAUGGAACUGCACACGUUCUGCAGAGAUCCAUUGAUGGGCGGAGUGAACCAGUUAUCGGCUUGCAUGGAGGCGCGUUGCUUGGUGUAGCAUAUCGGAUGUCACGGAGGAUCAGCCCUAUGGCUGCGACCGCUAUAUCAACAAUGCCAUUGUCAGGCUUUGGCAACACCGGGUCCCUUUCAUCUUUUGCGGCUGCUGAUGACCCUUUUUCCUCCAAUAAACCUUCUGCUGAGGCACCACCUCAAAACUUCCAGCUCUACAGUUGGGAAACCUAUCAACCUGUGAGCGGCCUCUUUGCACAACCAGAGUGGACUGCAUGGGACCAAACUGUUGAGUAUUGUGCUUUCGCUUACCAUCAGUACAUAGUCAUUGCUUCCCUGCGCCCUCAGUUUAGGUUUCUUGGAGAUGUUUCCAUUCCCUUUGCUACCGGUGGUGUUUGGCAUCGCAGGCAAUUGUUUGUUGCUACACCUACUACCAUUGAGUGUGUAUUCGUGGAUGCUGGUGUUGCACCUAUUGAUAUUGAAACAAGAAAGAGGAAAGAAGAAAUUAAAGCAAGAGAAGCUCAAACUAGGGCAGUGACAGAACAUGGAGAGUUAGCACUUAUCACAGUUGAUAGCCCACAAGUUACGGCAAAUGAAAGAAUCUCAUUGAGGCCUCCAAUGCUGCAGGUCGUUCGUUUAGCCUCCUUUCAGCAUGCUCCUUCUAUACCACCAUUCAUAACAUUGCCAAAACAGUCCAAGAUAGAGGGGGAGGAUACUUUGCAGAAAGAGAUGGAAGAAAGGAAAGUCAAUGAAGUUGCUGUUGCUGGAGGAGGGGUAUCUGUGGCAAUCACUCGCUUCCCUCCUGAGCAGAAACGCCCUAUUGGGCCUCUUAUUGUUGUAGGUGUUAGAGAUGGUGUUCUUUGGCUCAUUGACAGGUAUAUGUGUGCCCAUGCCUUGGCUCUUAGUCAUCCAGGUAUUCGAUGCCGGUGCCUUGCUGCCUAUGGAGAUGCAGUUAGUGCAGUGAAAUGGGCAAGUCGACUGGGUAGAGAGCAUCAUGAUGACUUGGCUCAGUUUUUGCUUGGGAUGGGAUAUGCAACGGAAGCUCUUCAUUUACCUGGAAUUUCUAAGAGGUUAGAGUUUGACUUAGCCAUGCAGAGCAACGACUUGAAAAGAGCACUUCAAUGCUUGCUAACAAUGAGCAACAGCCGGGAUAUUGGACAAGAAACUGCUGCUGCUGAUAUAACUGAGAUUCUAAGUUUAACAGCUGCUAAACAAGAAAACCUUGUGGAUGCUGUGCAAGGAAUAGUGAAAUUUGUGAAGGAGUUUUUCGAUCUCAUUGAUGCGGCAGAUGCUACGGGACAAUCUGACAUUGCCCGUGAAGUUCUCAAGAGAUUAGCUGCUGCAGGAUCCGUUAAGGGUGCUCUGCAUGGACAAAUGCUGAGAGGGCUAGCUCUCCGACUCGCAAAUCAUGGGGAGCUGACUAGACUUUCGGGAUUGGUGAACAACCUGAUUGCGGCAGGCCAUGGACGCGAAGCAGCAUUUGCUGCUGCAGUUUUAGGGGAUAAUGCUCUAAUGGAGAAGGCAUGGCAGGACACUGGAAUGCUCGCAGAGGCUGUUCUUCAUGCUCAUGCCCACGGUCGUCCUACUUUGAAGAGCCUGGUCCAAGCAUGGAACAAGAUGCUACAGAAGGAGCUCGAACACAAACCGUCUGUGAAAACUGAUGCUGCUGCUGCAUUUUUGGCUUCUCUCGAGGACCCCAAGCUCACGAGUUUAGGGGAACCCGGAAAGAAGCCUCCAAUUGAAAUCCUUCCUCCUGGGAUGCCUUCUCUCACAGCUGCUCCCAUCACAAUCAAGAAGUCUCUGGCUUCUGCUGGCGCUGCACCACAAAGUGCACAAAGCACUCCCUCUACAGCCCAGAAUCCUACUCCAAGUGCCACACAAAGCAAUCCCACCUCUGAGAAAAGCUCGACUGAGCCACAGCCGGAGAAGCCGCUUGCGUUGGAAGCGCCCCCGAGUUCGGAGGAAUUGGAUAAAGCUCCUGCAGAAGCUUCGGAGGCUGUGAGCAGCCCGGAAGCUGCUUCUGCUGCUCCUGCUGCUGAUCCUGUGGCUGCGGCUCCAGCUCCAGCUCCAGCUCCAGCUCCAGUUCCUGCUGCUUCUUCAGAGGGAGCUGAACUGCCUCCUUCUCCGGAGGCUCCGGUUCCUGAAGAGGCUGCGCCUCCUGUACAAGCCGGUGCAUAAGACAUUUUCCUUUUAAUUCUUUACCCUCGGUAUACUAUUCGUUCUUUUCUUUUUCUUUUUUUUUUAUUUUUUAUUGUCUGUAUGUUCUUGUAAUGUGGCGAUGAUUUGGGACAGCUUGGAGGUGGUCUACAGCCUUACAGUUUAGGAACGUAGGAGAUGGUUGCGUUUGUCCUUCUUUUGGGUUAAAUGUUAUCAGUGUUAGUGAUCUGUUGAGGAGAGGAUUGCCUGAUUAGAAUUACGGCAUCAAAACAUUUUUAUCCCAUUUAAACAUUUACUAACAA